AUGGAGGGCCAGCGCUCACCCUGGGACUCACGCGCGCCAGAAGGUAGCCGCAGAGUUGGUUGGGGUGGCCCGGGCCGGGCGUGGUUGGCCACGGUAGCAGCGGCGGCGGCCACGGCUCCCAGCGGCGGUGCCCGGGGCAGCCCGAGGCAGCAGGGUUGCAUACGCGCGCGGCCGCGGCGGUCGCGGCCCGCUGACGGCGUGCUGUUGCGCUCCGGCGUUGGAGGGAGGGUGAAGGAGCGGGGUGCCAACGAGGAAGGCAAGGACGGAGAUGGCAGCGGUGGUUGGUUUCGUGGGUGCUCAGGAGGCUGGGAACGGCGAUGGCAGGAGCUCUGCUCUGCCAUGGCUUUGCGCGAGCAGCGAUGGUGCGAGAGAAAAUGGGGAAGGGGCGCGGCUUUGGAGGAGUCACGGUCACGGGCGAGGCGCUCGUGGUCAAGCAGCAAUGAUGCCGCAGCAGGGCAGCGGGGCAGCGACGCAGCACGGUCAGCAAGGCGGGGGCGCAGCGAGCAGCGCGGCAGCGGGGCAGACCUGGGCGCCCCUGCGCGGCCUGAGUGCAGAGGCCGAACGAGUUUCGUGCCUAAGCGUUUUGGACUGGCGCGUACGUCCGUUUUCAUUUCGAAAGGGAUCAAGAUAUCUAAACAAAAGUUGUUCACCUUGGUAAAAGCUACAUUUUUCGCUUAA